AUGUAUUUACCUAGCUGUACUUAUUACGUUUCGACGCCAGAUUUUACAUCAGUCUCCUCCUUUUUACCGCAGACUACUUCGUGUCAGAUUAAUUUCCCCUAUUCCCCCAACAUAGCCCAAGUCCAACCUGUCCGAGAAGUCGCUUUCAGGGAUUAUGGACUGGACCAUCCGAGCAAAUGGCACUACAGGGGCAAUUACGGGUCUUACUACUCAACGGACGAGAUAAUGCACCGGGACUUGAUCCAGUCCUCCAGCAGCAGGGCGGAUGUGAUAUUCAAAAACGAGUCUUUGUACGGGCACCACGGGGGGACGAGCUCGCCGUGCAAUUUCUUCAACGGUGCUGGCCGAAAUGGGGUUCUGCCCCAAGUCUUCGACCAGUUCUUGGACAACCCUAACUCGGACAAGCCCAACGCGGAGCUCCCCAAACAAAAGACAGACUCUGCUGCUCCCACGGAUCCUGCGAAUAACAAUCAGGCUUUAACCAAACUCGAGCAGGACAAAGCUGACCCGAGCGCGAGCGCCGACGAGGACUCAUCCUCCAACUGCGGCGACAAGAACAACAACCAACAGAGUGAGUAUUUCCCUCUUUGUCUUGGACCUUCAUCAACCAAAUCCAGGAAGAAGAGGUGCCCUUACACCAAAUACCAGAUCCGAGAACUUGAACGAGAGUUUUUCUUCAACGUGUACAUUAACAAAGAGAAGCGGCUUCAGCUGUCCAGGAUGUUAAACUUGUCCGACCGGCAGGUGAAGAUUUGGUUUCAGAACAGGAGGAUGAAAGAGAAGAAGCUGAACCGCGACCGGCUACAGUAUUUCACUGGGAAUCCUUUAUUCUGA